AUGGAAAGGGACAACUCCGGCAUUCUGCCACAAGACACCCAGCCACGGCCUGACUCUCAAGAGAUCCAGUCCAUGCUCAUGCAACGUCCUCGCAGCUCUGGAAUCAACAUCUCAGGGUUCGCCUUCAAGCCUGUCCCUCGUCGGCAGGACUUUGCAUUGCGAGGCUCCAUCAAGCCGAUCCCCCUCGCAUCGGUAUCAUCGGACAGCAGUCAACCUGUAGGUAUCUCAACAGAGAACAAGAACGAUGAUCAGCUGUCACCAUCAAUGGAACGCUGCUUUCGUUCCUAUCUCGAGUCACAACAGAGCCCCCUCGAGAAUCGUGGUUCAAGCAAACAGAUAUCAGUUCCAGAGCAACCAACCUCUGCAAUGAAUAUGGAAUCCACUCUCAUCAAUGAAUGUGAUACGCAUCACGCGGCGAGUGCAAGCAAUGAUUUAGACAGGACCUCUCCUCAAGAACAUGCUUCAGUACCCUCUCGCAGAGCAAGCAAUAUGAUACCACCGGAGUUGAACGUAGCAGAUGUCGAGAUUCAGUCACCCGGGUCUACCGGUGUGAACUCCUGCCAACGACUGGACUCUGCGAAAUCCAGACUUGUUACUCGCACUUUUUCCAAAUCUAACCCAAUCAGAAAGGCCCAAAGAAUCGACUCAAACAUCUCUCUUCGAUCCUCUUCGCGGGUUCCUUCGGUGCCUACAAACGAUGGAUUGCGGGUCUCAAAGCGACGCUGUGACAACCGAAAGCAUAAGGGUUCCGAGAUGCAAACAUUGAUACCGAGCAACAAACCUGGUGUUCAGCUCACCGAAAAUGAUCUCUUUGAACUACUUAUCGCCAGAAUCAGACAACGCGAAGAAAUUGAAGCCAGAGCUGCCGAAAUUCAAGAACAAAUCGAAAGCGAAAACUCCGAACUGCUAAAGGACAAUCAAACAUUGAGAGACCAGCUCGCUACCUGUAACACACAGCUGCGGAAGAAAUCAUCGGACGCAAAGGCUCAUCGAACGCAAAUGAAAAACUGGAAGGCGAGCCUGAGCAAAUUCAAGCAAGUGGUCAAUGAGCUGGGACAAGACUACGAUGUCCUCAGAGAACGGAUGAACACAUUCAAAACCACCGCCACUUCUCUGGGGAUGGAAAAGUCUGAAAUCGAGCAGAGCAUCGGUGAGAUGAAAGUGCAGGUCUCCAAAGCAAAGGACCACUCAGGCAGCCAGCAAAAGAAAAUAGUUGAAUGCGAAGGCCGUAUUGUCAUCCUGGAGCAAGCAUUAUGCAAGUCGGAGGAAAGUGAGAAAGGCACCAGGAUGCAACUCUCCGAAGAAAAGAGGCGGGUCUCGGUUCUGGAGUCGUACAUUCAGAAUUCUUCUCGAAAUCAAACCAGACAGCUAUCCCUUGUCUGGGAUCACCAGCAAAAUCUGAUCGAGAAGCUCAACUCUGUAUUUGAGCUAAUCACUGGGUGCUCAUCUGAGUCCCAAGAUGCUAUCAUCUCGCAAAUCAGCCCAGUACUAGACAGAUGUGUCUCGUCGGUUCAAGCCUUGGAUGAAAAAUGUUCCGCCGAAAGAAUGGAAGUCGAGCAGUUCACAGCCAGUACUCAAAGACUGGCGUCUCGCAUCGAUUCCAUCGCGGAUCAGUUUUCGAAGAUUGUGGAGAGAAGCUCUGAAACCAAUCUCGAGGUAUCCAAAAGUCUAAAGGAAGACCUGCAGUCAGUCGAACGCAGUCUUGGUCCUGAAUCAUCGUUCUUCAAACAACUUGUUGGCAGCGAAAAGGUGUACUCCGACAUUCAAGAAAGGCUUUACAUUAUUCAACCUAGUCUUGAUAGCCUUGAUGCUUCUGUGAAGGCAAUCUCAAACACCGGGCACAGCCUUCUUCAUGGAAUGAAAGGCUUGGAAGAAAGGUUGGCUGAGGCUCAAGUACCAGUGACAAACCCCAUUCUGGAACUGGAAUUGUCAAGCAAAUUCGAUGAAAAUACUCAGCUACAGCUUCAGUUACAAGAGGUUUCUAUCGAGCUCGAAUCACUUCGCAAACAGUUUGGUGACAAGGAGGCUGCCAAUGAAGAUCUCCGCCUCUCCCUACAAGCAGCCGUCGACAGAGAACGAAAAGCUGAUGAUCGAAACACGGAGCUGGAAAUCGAGAAGACGACCUUGCAACAUGAACUUUUUUCAAACGAGCAACGCCUUCCGGAAGAACUAAGCAAAGCGAAAACUGCCUCACAAGAGGAGACAAGGGCUGAUUAUGAACAGAGGCUUCACAUACUCGAAGAGAAAAAUGCUGGUCUUGAAAAGGCUUCUCAGGCCCUUGCCGCAGGUCUUGCAGAUGCCCAAGUGUCUUUGACGAAAGCUCAAGGCCUGGCUGAGACUCAGCGGGAGGAAAAGGAAAAUUUGCUUCAGGAAAUGCACCAACAAAUCCAAGACCUCCAAGUGGCUUUAGCACAAUCCGCUGCCCAAUCCGCUGCCCAGAUUGAGGAUCAAGCAAACGAGAUACGACUCCAUCAAGAAUCAGCGACUGCUCUGCAGGCUGAGAAAGAGUCUCUCCUUGAUGGGCUGCAACAAUCAAGUGAGAUGAUUCGUGGACUGGAAGAAAGGCUGGGUUCGAAAACUGAAGUCGAAACACUCGAGGAAGUGGAGGAACUGCAAUCGAAGAUCACAGUCCUGGAAUCAGUUAUCUCCCAGAAAAGUGAAGAGCUGCGAGAAAUGGGAAAAAGUCUAGCAGCGGCGAAUUCAGCUAUUUCGAAUUUUGGAACAGGCAAGGAAAAGGCGAAAGCCGAGAUACUUUCGCUCCUUCAUCGAGUGCAAGAAGCGGAACGUUGGCAGACGACUAUCCAACACACCUUGACCAAGCUGGCCGUCGUGGAUUCAGACGAACCCUUUGAAGAAAGUUGGGGGAAAUUCGAAAUCAUUUUGCAAGCUGCAAUGGCCAAAAAUGCCUUUAAGAACUCACCAAACACACCAGUUGCAAAUUGCAAUGAUGUAACAGUGUGUCAAACUCCUGCACUGGCUUCAACACCAAAGCCUAGGGGCGGAUCUCCUCAAGGCAUGGUUCAAACUACCGAGCUCAUCUAUCGAACUCACAGUAUACAGCCACGUACACUGUCUUCGCCAGCACCCGGUGACAUCCUGCGAUCAGUGAUUGCCGACAGUCAACCUGACACCAUUCCCAAGCCACAAGUUCCACCUGGCAAUAUUGUCCCAUUCGCAACUGUUCAGCGCGAACUAUCGCCGAACUAUGCCUCGUCGCAGUACGACGAUGCUACUGACUUUGCAAUGCUUUUUAUGUCAGGACCUGACGAGCUUGCUCCUUCGACCCCUUUGAAUAUCCCGAAGCAUCCAAUGAGUCAGAUGAGUCCUGAAAUGAUGAUGGAUUCAGGUAGCAAACCGCGUGAACCUACACCCUCGAGCCAAAGGCUUGAAUGUAUGGCUGGUCAAGUCAAUCGUGACAAGACACAGGCAGUUCAAAGCCAAAGCAAUUCUUUGCCUCGUGGCACUGGAAGUCCUGAAACUCUGGGCACCAAACGCAAAGCAGUCAGUUUCAAGGGAGCGCGACACACAGCCGCAGCAGCGGUAAGUCGUCAUUCAUCAUCACACUCAACUCAGCCAGACACAGAAAUGGAGAAGGAGGAUACAAUCAAGAAGGCAAAGCGCACGCACAAGCGGACCUACAGUCGCAUUCACCAUUCGAGCGGAAUGGCACAACAGAUGUCCUUUCAAGCUAGCAGGGCUACCAGCGUUACCAGUCGCGAGAUCUCAAGAAGUUCACAAUACGGUUCCAACAAGGCCAAGAGUUCUGCGGUCUCGCAAUCCAAGUCCGUGAGGGAGCAGCGCGAGGCAUCGGGAGUUUUUGAGCGACGGCCCAGCCCUAAGGGACUGGCUGCUGGCAGCAGCAAGAGUCAUGUAGACAAUCGAACCAGUGGUACACGGGGUCGCGAGCGCCGUCGAUCUCGAGGCACGUAUGGCCUUGGGUCGGGGAUGAUUGAUCCUGCUAACAGUCGAUAG